AUGAGUCAUCUUGGUGUUGUCCUUUACGAAUAUUUAGACGAAGAAUAUCCGAAGAAAGUGCAAGAAUCUUAUAUUGAUUUUGUAGGUCAUAUUGCUGAUUGUGGUGCAGAAUUUGUUAGUGCGAGAGAAUGGAUGUACAUAUGUUUCAAGUUAUUGGAUAUGCUUAAAGCAUAUAAAAAAGAUAUCUGUUGUGCUACAGUAAACAUAUUUGGUUAUAUCGCUAAGGCAAUUGGACCACAAGAUGUUUUGGCAACAUUACUUAACAAUUUAAAAGUUCAAAACAUCAAAAUAGAGUUUUCUCUUUCAUUCUUAUUUGAAUAUACUGGUGAAAUGGGUAAAGAUUACAUUUACGCCAUAACGCUGUUAUUGGAAGGUACUUUGAUAGAUCGUGAUUUAGUGCAUAGACAAACUGUAUGCACCAUAGUUAAAGAUUCAGAAAUGGCUGAUACAAAUGAAAUGGGUUGG